GAGAUGGCGGCCGAGCCGAGCAGAGAGGAGCGGUGGAGCCUCGCCUGCACGACGGCGCUCGUCACUGGCGGCAGCAAAGGGAUCGGUCAUGCCAUAGUUGAGGAGCUCGCUGGCUUUGGGGCGCGGGUGCACACCUGCUCGCGGAACGCGGCCGAGCUAGAGGACAGCCGCCGGCGGUGGGAGGAGAAGGGUAUGAGAGUCACCGUCUCCGUCUGCGAUGUCUCCGUGCGCGCCGAGAGGGAGAAGCUCAUGGAGACGGUCAAAGAAACCUUCGACGGCAAGCUCGAUAUACUCGUAAACAACGCGGGGCAAUUAUUCGUCAAGGCGGCAGCGGAAUGCACGGCAGAUGAGUACUCGCAUUUGAUGGCCACUAAUUUGGAGUCCUUCUUCCACCUCAGCCAGCUCGCAAGACCUCUUCUGCUUAACGCCUCCGUUGCAGGAGGAGGCAGCAUCGUCAACAUGUCCUCCAUUGGAGGCACAAUCAGCUAUGCAGGCGCCGCGAUUUAUAAUGUCACAAAAGGAGCCAUAAACCAACUCACAAGGAGCCUUGCUACUGAGUGGGCACCGGACAAGAUCCGUGUAAACGGUGUCGCCCCAGGAUUUGUCACGACUGAUAUGAUCAAAGAUACAACUACAGAUCAGCUAGAGGAUGAGCACUCGAAGACGCCUAUGCGCCGAAGCGGCAAGCCGAUGGAGAUCGCCUCGGCGGUGUCAUUUCUGUGCCUGCCAGCCGCCUCCUUCAUUACCGGCCAGGUCAUUUCUGUCGAUGGUGGCCGAACCAUUAGUGCUUAAUUAGCUGCUCUAAAUUGGACGCCUUUAAGCAGAUUUAAGGACAUACGGUAUUGGUAUGUCUGCAAACUUGUGUAUUGGUCUUUGAAAUUUUCUGUGUAAUAAAAUAUGCAUACGAAAUCUUGUUAGAGAAGAAAGCGGCGUAGCGAACCAGUUCGUGUAACGCAAUUCGAAGGCUCGCGGUGAAUGAAUU